AUGAACACUUGCAAUGAGCAGGACGACGACAAAGACACAGGGGUGAGCACAGACGGGUCCCUGCAGCGACAGUUCCAUAACCACGCAGGCGAGCGGUCGCGGCUCUGCACCGACCCGAGCUCGGAGCUAUUCGACGAGAGCAACCCGCGGAUCCAGCGGGACAUCAUCCGGCUAAUCGCACAGUACCUUGACACGCAAGGGUAUGCGGCAACCAAAGUGACAUUGUACGACGAGGCGAACGUCAAGCAGCGGCAGGAGGGCGAGUACAUCUCGGAUGUGGUUCGGCUGCGGGCGGCGGUUCUGGACGGCGAGUGGGCGGAGGCCGAGCGGCUGUGCAGCGGCGCGCACUUGCAGGACAAGAAGCAGAUUCUGUAUAAUGUGUACAAGCAGCGGUACCUGGAGCUGAUUGACGACGGCGAGCCGCAAAAGGCGUUUGCCCUGCUGAUGAAGCAUCUGAAGGCAUUGGAGGCGCAGCAGGCGUUUGCGGGCGAGUUCCGCGACCUGUGCUAUCUCUUGACGGCCAAGUCGAUAGCGGAUGCGCCGGCGUUCCGUAACUGGGACGGGAUAGCGUCGGCGCGCGAGCGGCUGGCCGAAUACCUGCAGAGCAUCCUGGAGUUUGAGAUCACAGGGCGGGAGCGGCUGGCCAUGCCAAUGCAGCCGAACCGGCUCUUGCAUCUGCUGCGGCAGGCGGUCGCGUACCAGAUCGAGUCGUGCGAGUACCACGCCGAGUCGGUGCCCCAGGUGCCGACGCUCUUGGCGGACUAUGCGCCCGAGACGGUGCCGAAUUCGGCAUACCGGCAGUUCGCCGGCCACCUGGGCAAUGUCAAGUGUGCGGCGUGGGCGGGCGAGGCGGGCCGGUAUCUGGCGUCGGGCUCCAGCGACAACACGGUCAGGGUAUGGGACACGGACAGCGGCGAGUGCCGCGCAAUCCUGAAGGGCCACGGGUCGCGCAUCUGGGACGUGUGCGCGGACCGGCGCGGCGACCGAGUGUUCAGCGCAUCGGGCGACGGCUCGGUGCGCGUGUGGGACAUCCGGGAUCUGGCCAAGCCGCAGUGCGUGGCGGUGGUGAAUGGCGUGGGCGAUGUGUACAGCGUGGGGCUGAAUGCAGCGGAAACGCACGUGAUCAUGGCCGGCUACGACCGCGCGGUGCGCGUCUACGACCUGGCGGCGCAGCGCACGGUGCAGCGCCUGGUGGGCCACGAGCUGUCGGUGGCGUCGGCGACGACCAAUGCCCUGGGCAAUCUGGUGGUCUCGGGGUCCAAGGACCAGACGAUCAAGUUCUGGGACACCCUGUCGGGCACGUGCGUGCGGACAUUGCGCAGCCACCUGGGCGAGGUCACGUCGGUGGCAGCCAACAUGUCGGGCACGCUGCUGCUGUCGUCCAGCAAGGACAACUCGAACCGCCUGUGGGACCUGCGGACGCUGAAGCGCCUGCGCCGGUACAAGGGCCACCAGAACACCAGCAAGAACUUUAUCCGCGCCGGGUUCCUUGGCGAGUCGCUGGUGGUCGGCGGCAGCGAGGACGGCGUCGUGUAUCUGUGGGACCGCGAGUCUGCCAGCGUCGUGCAGAGGCUCGAGGGCCAUCGCGGCAUCGUCUAUGACUGCCAGCGAUGA